AAUAAUUCUAUGUUCUACCUGACAUAUUUAUUAAAAAAAAAUUAGUUGUCUAUUACCUGUAACUACUAGCAAAAAGGGCGUGAAUCUAUUAAUUGUUUAGAAUAGAAUUAUUUCUAAAGUUUAGAUUUCUCAACUAUAGUAAUAGGACCAGCUCUCGUUAACAAAAAACAAGAGGUCAAUUGAAUAACAUGAAAAAAGUGAUGUCUUUCUCUCAGAAUGUAUCAGCGAUUAUCGGAUUCUUUCGAUGAGGCAAUUAAAUUGUGAUAUUCUAAUAAGAAACCGAUGACCAAAAUAACAGAAAACAAUGGUACCAAUGAUUUACACUUUAUAUGGGUUCGCAAUAUUUUUUUUUAUACACUGGUUCGCCAUGUGGCUUCUUCAUAUAUUAGCAAUAUUUUAUGGGAAAUUCAAACUUCAUAGGAAAUUACCUCAACCUGCUCCGGACGAACCAUAUCCUGGUGUUUCAAUUCUAAAGCCCUUAAUGGGUGUGGAUUCAAAUCUAGCAACUAAUUUAGAAACAUUUUUUACCAUGACUUAUCCUCAGUAUGAGCUUCUAUUUUGCAUUGAAGAAGAAGGAGAUCCAGCAGUGGCAGUUGUUGAAGGUUUAAUAAAAAAGUAUCCUAAAGUUUGUGCGAGAUUAUACAAGGGAGCUACAUCAGUAGGUGUCAAUCCUAAAAUAAACAAUAUGCAUAAUGCAUUUGAAGACAGUCUAUACGAGUUAAUUCUUGUGUCUGACAGCGGUAUUAAAAUGAAGGAAGAUACAUUACUUGAUAUGGUUUACCAUAUGACUAAUAAGACGGGUAUUGUUCAUCAAAUGCCCUUCACGUGUGAUAGAAAUGGUUUUGCAGCUACUUUAGAAAAGAUAUAUUUUGGAACAGCUCAAUCCAGGAUAUACCUGGUAGCAGAUUUAUUCCGUAUCAACUGUCAUACAGGUAUGUCAACUUUGCUAAGGAAGUCCGUUCUUAAAGAAAAUGGAGGUUUAAAAACGUUUGGCUGUUAUUUGGCUGAAGAUUUUUUUAUAUGUAAAUAUUUUUUGGAUAAGGGAUGGAGAACCUCAAUAAGCAGUCAACCAGCUAUGCAAAAUUCUGGAUUAUGUGAUGUCAACAGCUUUCAAGCUAGACUAACAAGGUGGGCCAAACUUCGUGUAGCUAUGGUACCGUUGGUUAUCAUUUUUGAACCAUUAUCAGAAUGCAUGGUGAUAGGAGCACUUGCUGCCUGGGCAUCUUCAGUGUUAUUUCAAUGGGACUCCCUGGCAUUCUAUUUAAUACAUGUAUUAUUAUGGUUCAUAUGUGAUUGGAUUUUAUUAACUACGGUUCAGAAUGGUUCACUGCCUUUCAAUAAAUUUGACUUCUUAGUUGCAUGGUUGUUCAGAGAAUGCUCAGGACCUUAUCUCUUUCUUCACGCUAUCAUCUACCCAGAUAUACAAUGGAGGAACAGGGUAUUCAAAUUAGCGUGGGGUGGUGUAGCUCAGGAGAUUAAACCAAGAAUAAAGUGCUAAUCUUAAAUUAUUUCUAAAUGUUAUCUUCCCCUUUUAGGUAGUGAAGGAAGAAACCUGACAUCCCAAGAUUUAUUAUUUAACUGAAAAUGAACUUGUAGGGAAAAUAUUCCAAUGUCAGAAUUAAAAUGAAGCUUCGAAAAUUGUCUUAGGAAUAGGUAUUUAUUAUUAUUAUAUAUUUCACAAGUAUGUUAGAUUUUCCUAAAGUUUUUUAUCGCAUUGAAAAUGAAGAAAUGUCAUUUUCUAACAGCAAGCUGAAGAGCUUCUUUGCUUAUAUGAUAAGCAUAUUGCUCAAUAUUCUCAUUUCCCAGUGACAUUUUGCAUUUCUCAUUAGAAUAUUCCUUCUAUUUCGACUAAUUCUUUUCAGUUAUCUGAUUUAGAAAACUUUUUUUUUUUUCAAUUGAAAUUUCAAUGGAUGUAACUCUCUCAAGUUAACUAAAUUAUGUAUUGAAAAUGAAUUGAGAACUCGAAUACAUUUUUAAUAAUAUACUCAAGAUUCAAUGGUUUCUUCGUUUUCGAAUUUUGAAUGUUUCACCGAAAUUAUUGCAUUUAAUUAUAAUAAUUUCCUGAAUACCUAAAGUAUUACUGAUGUCAAUAUCAAAUGAGUAUUGAAUCGAUUAAAAUUAUAAUUACAUUUUUAUAAAUUCUCGAGCAUAACGACAAAGUCCAAGAAUAAAAAAAGCAAUAUUAAUGUAAUUUAUACAAGUGAGAGAUUUUUAGUUCAUAUUUUAUAAACUUUGGCAUUUCGCCCCCUAUCUGGCACAAAAAUUAGGUUAAAUAUCAAGUGAUAAAAAUUAAAAUACAUUUCAGUCUUCCGUGAAGGUUAUAUAUCUCAAUUCUAUUUCAUUUACAGUUUGAAUAUUCUAAAAGAUUUCCCUAUAGCUCAUAAAUAUUGAAUCUCGCAGCUUUUUCGAAUAAGAGUCAUACUCAUGAACAUUUUAAACUGGCAGGAUGCGCUUUUGUUUUUUUAAUGCUCAGUUGAAAUUGUGUGAAUCAGACUUAAUGAUUCACUCUGAAAUUUGCUCAUUCAGUAUGUUUAGAAAAGUAAAUGUUAAUUGUAUUUGGUAUUACAUGAAAACUUCAAUUAGAUACCAAAUGGCUGAGGAUUAUUGCAUGUUUAGGUGUUUAGAUAUUUCCAACAGACUUCUACUUUAUUGCAUCAUAUAUUGUGAACACUUCUCAGUCAACAUGAUCAGUACAUAUUUUUCAAGCUCAGGCUCCUUGAUGUUUUCAGUAUUCACUAUAGUAUUUUUCUCAAUUGUGUAAUUUAUGUAACCUUUGGGAACUGUGUUUUGAUCUUAACUCGUCUAGAUGCUAUUGUAUACGGAAUAUAUACAGGGUGAAUUUCUAGUUGAUACUUCUUUUCUUACUGUUGAUCGAAAUCAUUGAGUGGAUUGUAUCGAAAAUGUUCUUCAUUCGUAACUGGGGCUUAUACUCGAUAGUUUGAAUCGUUUUUGAAACUGGGAUGAACACAAUUUGGAAAUAUUUAUUACAGCCAGUUAAAAAAGUACCAACUUGAAAAUCAUUCGAUUUAUAUAUUUCUCUAGAUCUCUUUAAGUCAGGGUAGAGUUAUUUCUUUGGAAAUAGAUCUAUUUAAGAAUAGGGCAUAGCAUUUAUCCCUAUAGACAAGACUCGAACACUCACGUUCUUUUAUUAUCAUUGUAACUUAGUCAUCUGAUUAAUGAAACUUUUGUCUUGAUCAGAAUGAACUGUAAGAUUAGAUCUCACUGAGGCAUCCACUCCUAUCAAUUCUUUUGGUGCCAAUUCGUUUUCUGUUUGAUUGAUAGAAGUCUGAAGGUAUCUACUAACACUCCAAUUUUUGUCGAUUUCUAUCGUUUAUAAGAAUUCAGAAGUACAUUCCAACUGAACUUAAUGAAGGAAUAAUUCUUCAAAAAAUCCAAUAUGUGUACAAUAAUAUUAUCAUCCUACCCCAGGUUGAUGACUUCUAAUUUCGUAAAUAUUAUUCAACAAAAUCAAAUAACUAUUAUCCCUCAAAAUUUUUCUUAUUUCGAUUGAAAUCUACAAAAAAACAGAUAUAUUUUAACAUCACAGUACAUUUCCGAUGUGAUAUUAUGUUUUGAUUUUCCAUGUUGUAAAAAUUUUCUACUUUUGAAAUUUGUGAUAAUGUUUUUUUUCUUAUAGUAGACCAACAUCAAUCUAGUUUACUGUCUAUAAAUGUAUAUAUUCAAUGGAGUAUUUCUGUUUUUUAAAUAGUGUAAGUUAUCAUUCAGCUGUGCUUCUCACUGAAAAUAUUUAGAGAAAAUAGAAUUUCAAGAGACAAUAGAUUUGUUCAAUGUUUUGAUUAUUAUGCUGAUAUUUGUUGUAAAAAUUUGUUUCAAAUAUAAGUUAUUUCAAUUU